GUUUGAACUGUAGUGAGAUUUGCAGAGAGAGGAAGAGGCGUAAUCUUUGGUUUGCCCCAUGACAAUGUUUAUCCGUGGUGUUCAUUCUUGAAAGGAAAAAACACCUAUUUUUUGCGGGGGUUACCAUUCCAGAGCACAUCAUCUGAACAUAAUCGACGUAUAGAAGGACAGGUUUGUCAUUGUCUUUUAAAAUGUGGUGGUGCAUUUAGGUUGAUAGCAAGCCAAAAUUGAUGUGUUUGCUGCUGGCAGCUAACGUUAACUAGCUAGCUACAGUAUCUUGCUAACUUGAGUAUGUAAAUCUCUGGAUCUCUGUAUCAGCCCAAUGUUCCAUCAGAAUCCAGUUGCGGUCGAAGCUAGUCUCAAUGGGAAUCCCUGUCUAAAUAAAGGUUAAAUAAAUAAACUGCUUUGUCAAGAUUGCAGUGCAAAGACCUUUGUCAUGGUUACAAUACAAAUACUUAUAUUGGUAUCACCAUGCACAGGUGAACUGCAAUGGCUGCCAACGGGAUACCAGAGGAUGUGUUGAUGGAUAAUGAUCUUAUAAAGGAUUUAGUGGAUGUGGCAAAAGACUCAGCCCUUCUAAAUGGAGUGUUGAUGCGGACUAAAGAGACACCCAACUCAUCAGAGGUAACCCUUAUUCCGCUUGCUUAGGCUACACGUUUUAGACACACUGAACUGUUGUUUGAUGUGACAAUAUAAUUCUCUACUAUAAGAUGGUGAAGAUCAGCUGUCUUGGUUAAUUUAAUUCAAAGGAGAAGUGAAAGAUGGGAGAAGGAGAAACUGGACAGCCAUUGGUCCUAUGCUGUUCAAAAAUGGCGUGCGUAAUGCUCAGCCAUGCCGGGAAUUCUCUCUUUUGAGCCUGUUGUCUGACUGGAUUUGUGGGAAUCUAUUCUGUCUCAGUGGUCAUGUUAAAUGUUUUUCUGUUUAUUUUUCGCUAAAGCUAGUAUCCAGUUUACCGUCUUAAACGUUCAGAGAACAGAAUGCCAAGACAGUUAAUGCAAUUCAAUUGCAUACCUGUACUAUUGUGGUCCUCUGUAGCUCAGCUGGUAGAGCACGGCGCUUGUAACGUCAAGGUAGUGGGUUCGAUCCCCGGGACACCAAAAAAAAAAAUGUAUGCACGCAUGCCUCUAAGUCGCUUUGGAAAAAAGUGUCUGCUAAAUGGCAUAUUAUAUUAUUAUAUUAUGUCAAUCUGUUGUGAUAAUCAGAGAAAUCCCAAUAACAUCAAGUUAGGGUGUGUUCGUAAAUUUAUUCUAGAUUGCGCUCUGGUCGUUUGUAAAUGCAGGGUGUUGUCAGAUUGUCCGUUAGUAAAUUCAGAGCGUUUCACUCGUAGCGUUCAGAGCGCACACUGGACGCUCUGGCAGAGGAGUAAGGUUGAUCCUAGCGUUCUGACCUUGGCUGCAAUCAAGCACUUGGGCUGGGAAUUGCCAGGUACCUCACGAUACGAUAUUAUCAUGAUAUAUAACAACAGAGUUUAGGGCGUUUGCAAACUCCUCAAUUAUUCAGCGCUCUGGCACACUCAAACCAGAGUGCUCUGAAAUCAGAGUAGAUUGCCAGGGUGAAUUUACAAAAGCACCGUUAAUGUGUGUGUUUGGUUUCAGGUGGUGACCUAUGCACCGUUCACACUCUUCCCCUCGCCAGUGCCCAAGGCUAUCUUCCACCAGGCUCUAGCAGUACAAACACACUACAACCGACUGGUGGACAAGAUCAGCCAGGACUCAAGCUUCCUGGAGGAGGCUCUAGCCAGCACCAUCAAAGUGGAUGAUUUCACUGGGAGGUUGUUCAACAUACACAGACAUGUCCUACAGGAAGGCAGGACCCAGGUAGGGUAUUAUUGCUUUCUAACAAUAUCAGAUGCCAUGACUAUUACUUUCUGUAAGAACAUUUGAAUUAAUUUCAAGUUGCAACAAUCAAAUACGUUUAGGAUGAGGUCAAAGACCUUGUUCACGCUCAUUUAUUCAUUGUACAUUUCCAGUCUAUAGUUUUGGGUCUGAAUCGCUCAGACUACAUGCUGGACCAGAAUGGGGAUGGGAGUGCCUCCCUGAAGCAGAUCGAGAUCAACACCAUUGCUGCCAGUUUUGGUGGUCUUUCCUCACGCAUGCCAAACGUCCACCGGUAUGUGAACCUUCCCUGCUGAAGUUGUUAUUCUCCAGCUGUAAAAGAUACGGAAGGAUGGGAAAGAGAAUUGGGGAAGUAUGUUUGGUUUGGCAUGCAUAUGCCCUGUGAAUGACCCUGUCUAUGUCUGCGGCUAUAGACACAUCCUGAAUGUGGCUGGUCGGUUGGAGGAUAGCAAGCGUAUCCUAGACAACAACCCUUCUGCAGGUCUGGCAAAAGGCUUAGCUAAGGCCUGGGACCUCUACGGCUCAGAAAGGUGGGUGUCUUGGUUAGGAUUCAGAUAUGUGAAUGCAUUUGGGAUCUGUCAGUUUGUACAAAGAAAAAAAGAGGAUACGGAAAACUAGGAACUUUGUCGGUUGUCUUUGUCAGUAACAGAACACAAAAUAGAUACCACUGCACUUGUAAUACGGGUAAUUCUCUGUCAUUUAAAGGGCAGUAGUCUUGUAUCUGGUUGAAGAGCUCCAAAGAAACAUCUUCGACCAUCGAUAUGUGGAGAAUGAGCUAUGGAAGAGGUAAGGCCUAGGUGCUUGGUCAAACACAUCAUCAUCAAUUCUGACGCAAUCAUCAGAUUUUUAUCCUGUUGAUGGUCUGAUGCUGUGAUGGUGCCUCCUACUGCCACCUUUGUAGCCAUGGUAGACCAAUGUAGUUGACUACCAUUGGUAUAUCAAAAUGGCACGACAUGAAAUGUUUCUGCUUGUGUUCAGAAAUAUUCCUGUUAUACGAAGACGGUUUGAAGAUGUAUCUAAGACGGGAUUCCUUGAUCAGGAUAAGAGGCUGUUUGUGUAAGUGUUACUUUAUUUUAAAAGGUUUAAGGUUAUUUGCGUGCUCAACAUAUACUGUAUGUUUUGAUUUUGCAACAUCUGUUACUGAUACAAAAAUACUUUCAAUGCAAUGCCACUCAUUGUUUCAUUAAUUAUUUUUUGCAGAGAUGGACGGGAGGUUGCUAUUGUGUAUUUCCGCAAUGGGUACAUGCCACAGAACUACACAGAACAGGUUUGAACACAAUCAUCGUAAUUUUUUAAAAUAUGUUCUCAGAGCUUUGCCGGGGGUUGUAAAAUCUCUCAACGUGAAACUGAUGCAAUCACUUAUUAUCAUGACAAUGUGUAUGAUUUUGUGUAGAACUGGGAGGCUCGUUUCAUGAUGGAGCGCUCUAUGGCUGUGAAAUGUCCAGAUGUCAGUACCCACCUGGCCGGCACCAAGAAGGUCCAACAGGAACUGGCCAGACCUGGUGUUCUGGAGAGGUUCUUUCCUGGUGAACCUGACGUUGUGGACCAGAUCCGUGCCACCUUUGCUGGGCUGUAUACUCUAGACAUGGUAAUAGAACAAAACCUGGCUCUUUUGGACUCUCAACAAUGUUUAUGCACACAACUCUUUCUAUAUAAUGCCUUUCCAAGCAGUUUGCUUUUCUGCUUCAACUUUCUUAUUCAAUCUUACUAACAGGGACCAGAAGGUGACAAGACUGUGGCUAUGGCUUUGGCAAACCCAGACCAGUUUGUCCUGAAGCCACAGAGGGAAGGAGGGGGUAAGAGGACCUCCGCUCUUAACUUCACAUAUCUCAUGACCCUGACCUCUAACCUUGUCAUGUUCUGUCCUGUCUGCUGAUGUGUAGAAUUCCUCUCCAUCUGUAGGCAACAACAUCUAUGGAGCUGAGAUCAUUCAGGUACUGGAGGGUGUGAAGCAGAGCACAGAGAGGAUGGCCUAUAUUCUAAUGGAUAAGGUUCAGCCCCGCCCUGUACACAACUACCUCCUUAGGCUGGGGACGCCACUCAAACUCAGCACCUGCCUAAGUGAGCUGGGCAUAUUUGGGGCCUACGUCAGGUACAUUCACAGACCCAUCUCUAUACAUUCCUUUCUUGACAACUUUAUAGAAAUUGUAGCUGUUGAAAUGAAGUAUACUGUAAUUGGAGGUGGUAUAUAUUUUGGCCCACUGAAAACUAUUGCGCGAAGAUGUGGUCAUAACAAUGUACUCCUGCAGAGUAAUGCGUGUCCUCAUUGAUUGAUAUGAUUUCUUUGUCCACACAGGCAUGGGCAAGACAUGGUGCUGAAUGAGUGUGCUGGACAUCUGCUGAGGACCAAGAGUGACGAACACUCUGAUGGAGGUGUGGCUGCUGGAGUGGCAGUGCUAGACAAUCCACUCCUCGUCUGACCUACACUGCCCCCUGCCACAUUAAUAGUGAAACUGCACAGAUGGAUGGUAAUAAGAAAAUGAAACACGCAAGUGCCCUUCUUUGACCACAGAAAACAUUGCUGCUCCCCAUCUAUUUUAGAUUUUUCUUUAAUACUUUUACUGUAGAAUCAAAUGUGUGCUCUUAGAACUUGUGUAGAUCAGGAAUGAGCCUGAUGGAUGAAGAAAAGCUGUGUGCGGACACUAUGAAGUCUUACUGCCUCAAUACAUUUGUAUCACUGCUUGGUAGACUUAAACAGAGACAAGUAAUUAAUGUAAACAGAAAAUACAGAACUAUGAUUAUUUCACACCAAAAAGUUAUUGAACAAUCAAAUGGAGAAACUGUUAAGUGAUUUAAUCAGGAAAGAAGAGAACAAUUGCGAGGUAAUAUCCCUAGAGUAAAUAAUAAUAUAAAGAUAAAUAGAUUGUUCAUGGGAAUAAUAGUAAUAAAUAUUUUUAUUACUACAGGCCUUUUGUUUAUUUUUGUAUAAUUUGAAUAAAUAUGCAUUCAUAAUAUACUGUUGAGAUUUGAUGCAGAGGGUUACUAUAUUGGCAUUAGACGGACAGAUAAAGGUAUCUGACAGAUACAAUUCAGUUCCAUUUUAUGAACACCAGAUGGGACAUGGAAAAAUUAUGCUUGUGAUUUGCAUAUUCAU